AUGGAUUUCUACAAUUGUGAAGAUAUUAGAAUAGCAAAAAAAAUACUUACCAGCGAUCUAGAUGCAUUAAAUCUAGAAAAAGAUGAUAAAAUAAAGCCAAACAGUUCUGGAAACUCUAAAAAGGACAAGGUUAGUGAUUUAAUACUAACAAUAAAAACAAUUCUGAGCAACAAAAUUGAAAGCAAAUUGCCUCAGUAUGCUGCUCUCAACCUUUUUAAAAUUCCAAGCUCAAAAAAAGCUAAAUUUGAGUCAAUUCUUGACGAAAAGUUAAAAAAAUUAGAAGAACUAUUUAUUGAAGAAAGAAACAUCUUCCGAGAAAUAGUAAAUGAUGCGGCUAUUAACAAUAGCUCAAAAGUAGAAAGAAAGCAGCAAUCCGAUUGCAAGACCGAAUCGAGCAAGCAAUCUGACUGGUCAGAGAUUGUAAAACGUAAAAUUAAAAAGAGCUCAAAUGUUCAACACGUGGCGAAUGUUCAACACGUGGCGAAUGUUCAACACGUGGCGAAUGUUCAACACGUGGCGAACAUCAACAUAAUAUUUAAAAAUCUUCAUCCUCAUUGUCACACAAGUGAAUAUUAUCUCGAGAUGAAAAUACUCAACAUCAAAAACUUGUUCAUCUACCACGUUGCAACAUUCAUUUUUAGAUUUCUACGUCAGCAGUUGCCGGCAUUUUUUAGAAACUUUUUCACUUUUGGAACUUCCAUUCAAGCAAGAACAACACGCCACACGCCACUUUUCUAUGCUCCACCAGCCAGAAUUAAAGUACUCUGCAUGAGUUUGAAACAUACCGGCCCAGGAAUAUGGGAGACGAUUCCACAAGAAAUUAAAGAUUGUAACACUUUGCAUCUUUUUAAAAAUAAACUGAAAAAUUUUUUAAUUACGAAAAGUUCUGUUUUUCAAGGAUAA